ACCAACCAUAUUUCACACACACACACACACACACUUAAUUAGAAGAUGCAAAUAGUUUUAUCAGCCGUUCCUGCAAUGAACAAGAAUUAUGUGAAGAAUUUAGAAGAAAUUCGUAAAUCAGCGAAAUUUCAUCCAUCCAUUUGGGGCGACUAUUUUCUAAGAUAUGAUUCGGAUAAAACGAAAAUCACUGAUGCUGAACAAGAAGAGCUCGCAAAGCAGAAAGAAAAGGUCAGAAAUUUGUUAGCUCAAACUCCAAAUGAUUCAACGUAUAAAAUGGAACUCAUCGAUGCAAUCCAGCGCCUCGGUGUGGAAUAUCAUUUUCAAAAAGAAAUUGAGGAAUCCUUGCAAAAUAUUCAUGAAAAUAGCAAAGACAAGGAUGAUCUCAAUCUCAGCAGUGUGGCUCUUCGUUUUCGUUUGCUUAGACAACAAGGUUACAAUGUCCCAUCUGAUGUGUUCCGCAAAUUCACUGACAGUGAAGGAAAUUAUGCGGCGUCGUUGCAAAACAACGUCGAAGGUUUGUUGAGCUUAUACGAGGCGGCGCAUCUUGGGACACAAGGAGAAGAAAUUCUCGACAGAGCAAUAGAGUUCUGUUCCUCUCAUCUUCAUGCUUCACUCCACAACAUCACCAGUGCUUCUCUCUCUAAACUUGUCAAGGAAGCUCUGAGAACGCCAAAUCGCAGGAGUCUCAUAAGAUUGGGUGCCAGAAGGUUCAUAGCUGCAUACGAGGAAGACGAGUCGCGUAAUGAGACACUGCUGAAUUUUGCGAAAUUAGAUUUCAAUAUUGUGCAGAAGAUGCACCAGAGAGAGCUGAGUGAUGCUACAAGGUGGUGGAAGAAAUUGGACGUGGCGAAUAAAAUGCCUUAUGCAAGAGACAGACUUGCAGAAAUGUUCUUGUGGAUGGUGGGAGUCUACUUUGAGCCAUGUUAUGCUAAAGCAAGAGGAAUUUUGCUUAAAUGCAUAAGUAUGGCUUCCAUUAUUGAUGACACCUACGAAUAUGCAACACUACAUGAAUUGCAGAUUCUAACUGACGCUAUUCAACGUUGGGAUGCUAACGCGACUUUGGAGGAUUCACCACCAUACAUCCAAAUGUGCUACAGAAGCCUAAUUGAAACUUAUAUUGAAAUAGAGGAUGAAAUGGAGAAAAUGGGAGAAUCAUACCGCGUCCAAUAUGCGAUACAAGAUAUGAAAAAAUCGGUGAUGGCAUAUUUUGAAGAGGCAAAAUGGUUGUAUAAUGACUAUAUUCCAAGUGUAGAAGAGUAUAUGAAGGUGUCCAUUGUAUCUUGUGGUUACAUGACAAUGUCAACAACUUCUUUAGUGGGUAUGGGAGAUCAAGUGAGCAAAGAAGAUUUCGAUUGGAUUGUAAACGAACCUCUUAUAGUUCUAGCAUCAUCAGCAAUUUGUCGAUUAAUGGACGACUUAGUCGGAGACGAGUAUGAGCAAAAAACUUCGUCAGUGGAUUGUUACAUGAAGCAAUAUGGCAUGACAAAGGAUGAAGCUUGUGAUGAACUCCGGCAACAAGUGAAGAAGGCGUGGAAGGAUAUGAAUCAAGAAUGCCUUGAUCCAAGACCGGCAUCGAUGCCAAUCCUUAUGCGCGUUUUCAAUCUUGGUCGCGUCAUAAACCUUCUCUAUGCAGACGACGAUUGCUAUGCCAAUCCCAUCAAAUCCAAAGAAUUGGUAAAGAUGGUGCUGGUUGAGCCCGUGACAGUUUGAAGAUGGUGCUUAUAUAUGAUAGAUUAAUGAAACCUGUCUUAGGCCUUGAAAUCUUUAUCAACUCGGUAUCCUCUAUUAUAUCAUUGUGCAGCAUCUUUUGUUGUUGUAUCCACGUGCUUAUAAUUGCCGCAUGUAAUGAAACUAUAGAAAUCUACUUAUUUU